GCAGCGUGGCGUGUGGUCCGUGAUGGCCCGCGAGACCGACGCGUAAGGUACCGCCCCAAAUCGUACGCUUUUAUUGGACGCAAAUUGUUGCUAGGGGCGUGGGAUGUGUGUUAUAAAAGCAACAUAACUACCAAGAAAACGAUCUAUGGCAAUAUGUAGGUACGGCGGAGGACGGCGAUACGUGGCUGAACGGAUGCGUUGUCGCAGUGAUCUGAUAAUCUCCUCAAACCCUGCAUGCUUGUCGGUGGAGAUCGGGCACCUUUUCGAAGAUGACAUUCAUGAAGGAAGGACGGGUGUUAAAUGACCUGUGCGAGCUUUGAUUGUGGAAGUCUUGUUCGUGAGAUUUUUCCUCGUUUUUUUUUUAUUCUAAGGGCAUUGUUCGUCAACUAGCGGGAUUGGAGUGGUGAACAGCUGCGCAUUUAGUUUUAUGAUGGGCCGCUUGAGGAUUAGUAAGCGACGUAAGCACUGAAGUACCCAGCACGUUUGUGAGUUUCCAAGGGCGAUGCACGAUGAUAGCCCAUUUAACACUAAAAUAUGUCAGUGACAAUACUGAUAUAUUUUCUUUUACUAUUUUAGAAAUUUUAUAGGUUUAUUUACUAAUGUUCGAAACAGCAUUACGUUACAUAAUGACAUUGUAGUUUAGGGGAGGCAGUUGCUCCUCGUGGAGUGAGGGGUGAAAUGAGUUAAAUGUCCUUGCUCCCUGUUUGUUACAAUUAUUUGUAUAAUAUUCCAAUACAUUCUGUAGGCCUAGAUAGGUUUGAGACUUCAUGUAAACAAAAUCUUUUAUAAUUCAGUCUUCAGAGAAUGCCAGAUUACGUCAGUGUAUACGGACAUUGCAGGUGCAUCUAUUCCCGCUGUUCGGGAAAAACGAUAUUAGCGGCAACUCCUGAAUGUCACAGAUAAGCGCUUAACUAUCCACGAGAAAUGGACACGGGGACAGCGCCAGGCUGUGAGCCGUCUUUGGCCGCAUUCUCGUCAGUGCCAAAUCUAGACGUGAAAACGAUUGUCAGCGCCGGCAUUUACGAAAACAGCGACAAGAAUGUCGUCAGCACCGAGCCUGCUGCAGCGAGAGGGGCGAGUGAUCCUAGCGCGUAUCCCCUGUCGGACUACAGGUGUUUGGUUCGGCAGCGGUUCAUACGCAGAAGUUUGUGGUUUUCAGAGUCCGAGGACCAAGGCUUUGAGAGCCCAGAAUGCGAAGCCAUCCACAGCCCCCUCGCCACCGCACAUUUACGCACGAUCGUGGACAGAACUCGAUGCGCACGUGUGGGGUUCCGGGAGAGCUCGAGCACGGAGAGUCGCCUCGGCCAGAGAGACCGGCCGACGGAGACAUCAAGCGCGCACGAGGACCGAGACAAAAAGGAGGGCAAGCAGAAACAAGACGAUGCGACGGCUUCUGAGGACAACAAGAGCCCCGGGAAAACGGGGAGCGAUGAAAAUGAGGAAGAGGCCGGAAUGAAAGCUGUGUCUACAUCCCCGAGCGGUCGGUUCCUUAAGUUUGAUAUAGAGCUUGGCAGGGGGUCGUUUAAAACCGUAUACAAAGGCCUAGAUACGGAGACAUGGGUGGAAGUUGCCUGGUGUGAACUACAGGAUCGUAAGCUGUCUAAAGCAGAGCGUCAGAGGUUUAAGGAGGAAGCAGAGAUGCUGAAGGGACUCCAGCAUCCCAACAUUGUCCGCUUCUAUGACUUCUGGGAGUCACCUGUAAAAGGCAAAAAAUGCAUCGUCCUGGUGACCGAACUCAUGACAUCUGGCACGUUAAAAACGUACCUGAAACGCUUCAAGGUGAUGAAGCCCAAAGUCCUUCGGAGCUGGUGCAGGCAGAUCCUCAAGGGUCUUCACUUCCUGCACACACGGACCCCUCCCAUCAUACACCGGGACCUAAAGUGUGACAACAUCUUCAUAACAGGCCCCACAGGCUCUGUUAAGAUUGGGGACCUUGGCCUGGCUACACUGAAGAGGGCCUCAUUCGCUAAAAGCGUCAUUGGCACUCCUGAAUUCAUGGCUCCAGAGAUGUAUGAGGAGCACUAUGACGAGGCUGUGGACGUCUAUGCCUUUGGCAUGUGCAUGCUGGAGAUGGCCACAUCCGAGUACCCAUACUCCGAGUGCCAGAACGCUGCGCAGAUCUACCGUAAAGUCACCAGUGGAGUAAAGCCAGCCAGUUACAAUAAGGUGAUGGUGCCUGAGAUUAAGGAAAUCAUAGGAGAGUGUAUCCGCCAUCGCUGGGAGGAGAGAUACUCCAUUAAGGAUCUGCUGAAUCAUGCCUUCUUUGCGGAAGACACCGGAGUAAGGGUGGAACUCGCUGAGGAAGAUGAUGGUAAGAAGGCGUCGAUCGCUCUCAGACUGUGGGUGGAGGACGCAAGGAAGCUGAAAGGGAAGUACAAGGACAGUGGCGCUAUCGAGUUCACCUUUGACCUUGAGAGAGAGGUCCCAGAGGGAGUCGCCCAAGAAAUGGUUGACUCUGGCUUCUUCUUGGAAAGUGAUGUGAAGAUUGUUAGUAAAUCGAUCCGGGACCGUGUGGCUCUGAUAAAGUGGCGCAGGGAGAGGACAGUGUUCGGGAGUGAGGGUGAGAUGGAAGAGAAGGGCGCUAGGACCCAGACGAAUGCUGUGCCUCAGGAUGCCCCUGCUGGGUUAGCACAGGGUAACCGAACUGAGCCCGAGGAGGCUGACAGUGUGCCCAUGACUCUUCUCUCUAACACCCCCAGCAGUACUGCUACUACCACAACAUCAGACAGCAUCACCAGCUCCGCAGUGAUUACAGAUGCUUUGAGCAACCAGCACAGCAUUCCCUACCAGUCCCUGCCAGAGUCUAUCUCCACUUCCCAGAGGCCCCUUAGCCCUCCAGCACAGCUCCUGGCUCAUCUCACACCUCAGCUGCACCAGGGGGCCCAGCCACAGUCUACACCACAGCUGCACCAGGGGGCCCAGCCACAGCUUACACCUCAGCUGCAUCAGGGGGUCCAGCCACAGCUUACACCUCAGCUGCAUCAGGGGGCCCAGCCACAGCUUACACCUCAGCUGCAUCAGGGGUCCCAGCCACAGCUUACACCUCAGCUGCAUCAGGGGGCCCAGCCACAGCUUACACCUCAGCUGCAUCAGGGGGCCCAGCCACAGCUUACACCUCAGCUGCAUCAGGGGGCCCAGCAACAGCUUAUACCCCAGCUGCACAAGGGAGCCCAGCCACAGCUUACACCUCAAUUGCACCAUGAGGCCCAAAAGCAGCUUGUUACUCAGCUACAUCCGGGGGUCCAACAUCAAUCUGUAGUCCAGCAUCAGCAAGAGACUCUGCAGCAGCCUGAACCUGCCCAGCUGCUUCGAGGGGCCCAGCAACAGCCAAGUACCCUGCUGCAUCAGGAGGCCCAGCAACAACCUACUCUCCACUUGCAUCAUGGGGCCCAGCAGCAACAGCCUGCUGCCCAGUUUGUCCAUGGGAUCCAGCAAAUGCCUGGUGUACAACCACAAGCAAGUGUUCUGAUGCAUCAGCACCAAGCAACUGCCCAGUUGCACCAUGGGGCACAGCUGCACCAGGGAACUUAUCAGCAGUCUUCUAAACUGAUACACCAAGGAUCCCUUCCACAGGCAUCAGUCCAGCUGCAUCAGAGCCUUUACCAGCAGUCUCCCCCACCCACUGCUACAGUGGUCAAUUCUCAGACUAUGUCUGCUCCAGCAACACCAGCUCCAACUACACUGUCAGCACAAGAGUUUCACCUCUAUCUCCAUCCUGCAGCUUUGCUGUCCCAGACCUUAGCAACUCUGCAGCCAGUUGUGGAGCCACCUUCAGAUGUACAGCCCCAUCCUCAGCACCUGCUCCAAUCAGCAUCCACUAUGCUCAGCAGUACUCCUCUUUCUCAACCACAGCCAAGUGUUCAUACCACACCCAUUAUCCAACCUCUUCAGAUUUCCACUCAGUUCCCUUCACCAUACCCUGUUUUGCCCACAGUGGGCACUCCUACCGGAAGUGAGGCAAGGCCCAUUUCCCCUAUCCCAUACUCCUCCCCGUACCCCAGCAGUGCCCCUCUUACACCCACACCCUACCACUCGACCGCCCCAAUUCAUGCCCUACUGCCUCUCGCCCCCACUCAGGCUGUGAGCACCAUAUCUGGAGCAGGUACACCCCAAACCCCUGUAGCUGCUCCUCUGGGCUUACCAGCCUCCAUCCCACUCCUGGGAAUGGCCCAUCCCCCAUCCCUUGCCCCGCUGCAACAGCAGCAGGGGUACUCUUCUGCCCCACCGCCAAAGCCCCAACCCACCCAGCCAUCGCUAGCCUUCUGUCCUGCACUGUCACAGCCUCCAUGCUUCGUUCAGCCGCCAAACCCUUGCGUCUCUGCUCCACCUGCACAGGAGGACAGCCUGGUGCACACCCAUGCCGAACUAACUCAUGUCCAGUCUGCUCCACACAGAGAGGAACCUGAGCCUGCACUUUUUACUGUGCCCAGCAGUGCUGUUGCAGUCAGACCCCAGCAGAUUGCCCCCGAGAGCCCUGCACUUUCUCUGCAGCCUGCUGGAGGCCAGAUGGCAGCGGCUGUGGUUGAAAGUGGCGGUGGAUCCAGCAGCAGCACUCAUCAGUUCCCAGACACCACAUCAGGAUUCAUUCACCCUCCAUCUGAGCCCAGCCAGGAGGAACCAGUCCCCAUGCCACUUCCCAGCUAUACUUGUGACAGUUUGAAUUCCGACGCGGCCUCGGGUAAAGAGAUGAGUGACGGCUAUGACAGCACCGUGAGCGGAGGGAAAGGUGAUGGCAAGACCAGGAAACACCACCGCAAGUCUGCCCGCAUGCGCUCGCGCCAGGAGAAGGCCAGCAGACCCAAACUUAGCAUGCUCAAUGUUUGUGAUACAGGCGAUAAAAUGGUAGAAUGCCAGCUAGAAACCCAUAAUCAUAAAAUGGUGACCUUCAAAUUUGAUCUGGAUGGAGAUGCCCCUGAAGAAAUAGCCAUUUACAUGGUGGAGAAUGGCUUCAUUUUGCCCAUAGAGAAGGAGAUCUUCAUCGACCAGCUAAAGGACAUUGUGGACAAGGCUGAGGACAUGCUGAACGAGGAGGUAGAGGGGGAGAGACCAGCUGCCUCUCCACUUCAGGGCCACCCUCUCAGCAGGGCUGGGGAUGAGGGUGGGAAAGGGCAGAAAGAAGGAGUAUCUCAGCCUGUCUAUCAGCAAAAUGUGCUCCAUACUGGUAAGAGGUGGUUCAUUAUUUGCCCUGUGGAUGAACCUCCUGUAGCAAGUGAGGAGGCAUCCUCAGAAGGAGCUACAGCUACAAAGAUACCCUCAACCAGCACAUUGACUGAAGGUGUUGCUGCUGCUCAGCCUGACAUUGCCUCAAUACAGCCACUAGAGGGCAGCACAGCAUCUGGUUCUGUUUCUAUAGACUCAGAAGGCUAUGCCACAGCGCCCCCAUCUGGCGAUAGCGAUGCUCAUGGAUUUUGCAGCCCACUCUCUCUGAUCACCACAGACCCCUUAUCCUUGGCUGUGUUCUCUCCGGUGCCGCUGGUUCCCCUGCCUGCCAGCCUGAAAGCGCAGAAUGCCUCCCAUCCAGAAGAUGGCAGCACCUUGACUUCAGUCCAGUUCCGAGUGCAGCACGCACAGCCUGGCACAGCCCUGCGCAGCUCUCUGUCCAUGGAUGAGGCCCAGAAUGGAAAACUCAGCUCGCUUUCGACGGUCCCUGCGGCCCAGCCGGUGGCGGAGCUCGUCUGUGGUGCACCUGUUUCGGACACCGUUCCCUGCUGCCCACUAGUCAUGCCACUAGUGCUGGAUGUGAGCACAGGUGCCACACGUUCCUCACCGCUCACUCCCCCGCUCCCACAGGAUGGCCUGUCCGCGCGUGAGCAGUUGCAGUCUGUCUCGGCUGCCCACGGAGAACGUGCCCAGCACCCCGUUGUGCGGCAGCAGCCUUUUGCCACUAUGGGUGGUGCCAAGGCCCCAUCGCUGCCCCAAAGUCCUGCCCCCUCACAACACCACCUUGCCCCCAAUGAAUCGGAUGGUGAGGGGCGGGGCCGGGUAGGGUUUGUGGACAGCACAAUAAAGACGCUAGAUGAAAAGCUGAGGAACCUGCUGUAUCAGGAAUACGUGCCCAUGUACCCAUCAGGUACCAUGGCUGAGACACCUGGCUCGGGGACGGAGUACAUCCAUUCUCCGCCAGGACCAGAGUGUGCGACAGCAGGGUCAGGGACCAGCACCCCCAGCCUCGUUGGAGAGGGCCGGAUGAGGGCAGGGGAGCAGCUGCCACAGAUCCCUGAGAGAGUGGACAGUCUGAGCACGCUCAGUGACUCCGCAGUUGGUGUCACGGUGUCAAAGAAAAAUGUUAUGUCCCACUCUACCUCCUGCUCGGGCUCCAGGAGUCGCUUUAAGAUGAUUCCUGGCCCUCCUGACAUUCUGUCUGAACAACAAAGGAAGCAGCGAAGCUGGAGCAGCACAGCCUCUCCGGCACACCCCAGUGCCUUCUUUGGGGAGCACAGUGCUGGUUUAGAGUCGUCCAUGCCAGCCAGCGCCAUUGGCCGCUUCUCAGUGACGAGCACGGAGGAUGAGGUCACGCGCAGUAAAAACAGCAGCAGGUAUUCCGCCCCGCCCGAUUUCUACUUGGAUGCCCCGCCGUCUCUGAUGAAGCAGGGUUCGCUGCCACGGGCACAAACCUCGGCCCCGGCGGACGUUCCUACCCGCCUCAUGUCCUCUGACUCCGGGGCGGAGAGCAGCCCAGCCAAAAUGCUUGCCUCCACCCCGUCUCGGCAAGGACGCUCAGAGCGGAGAGGAAGUGACCUCAUGAAGAGGGCGGUGGCUUUCCUGAGGCGCACGGGCCGCAGCAGCAGCGUGCAGAGCUCUGACUCCCCAAGCAGGCAGGGCGGGAUGUACUGCUCCUACAUGAGCAGUGACAACGACUCAGAGAUGGAGGAGUCAGACAUAAAGAAAGAGCUACAGAGGCUGAGGGAGAAACAUAUGCAGGAGAUUUCAGAGCUGCAGGCUCACCAGCGUGGGGAGAUCGAGCUGCUCUAUUUACGGCUUGGUAAGCCACCCCCGCCUGGCCUCAGCCUCACCUCCACGGUGCCCCCUGCUGGACGCAGACGCAAAGCCAGCAAGCACAAACUCAGGGCUGGUAAAUUGCUCAGUCCCCUUGUCCAGCAGUUGAGAAGCGUCUCGAAAACAAGUGACAGCGGCAAAGUCAAUGAUGCUGCAAAGUACAGUGAGCCUGCUCUGAGUUUAAACGGGUCUCCAGUCAGGGCCUCAGAGCUGCCCGAGAGCAGAGCUCGUGCAGGAACGGCCACUCUCCCCAGCUCAAUCUCACACCCUGUCCAGACCCAGCAGCCUUGCUCCCUCAAGGGCUCCGUGUCCUCCGACAACAUCUACGCGAGACUGCAGACUGCAGACAGACCAGGAGCUUACAGCCAGCCAGGACACAGUUGGCCUCCUGCCUGUCCCCCAGCAGCUGAGACGAGGACCUAUAAGACUAGCAGUAAACCACGUGCUAGAUUCCUCAACGGACCAGUUUCUCUCUCCAUCUGGUCAACACUGAAACGCAUCUGUCUGGGGAAAGAGCGCAGCAACAGGUCUCCUCCAGGUGCAUCAAAUCAACCCCAGAUGCCACCUGGCUCAACGCCACCUCCCCACCACUCAGUUGUGGGCCUGGCUCAGGCACAGACUAACAACAGCAACAAUAAAUCUGACCUGUUCCCUGUGGAGCUGCAGAGCCUGGUGGGGGUAUGGGUUCAGGAAGCGUGGAGCCCCACACGUUCUCGCUCACUCCACCUGAAUUGUCAGUAUAUUGCCAGAACCAGGAGCCAGAGCACUGCAGGGAUACUCCCAAAAUCUGCAGCUGUAACAGCAGUUUCCCAGCUGCCCCUCUCCUGGCCCAGGAUCCAUUCCCACACCUGCCCUCUGACAGCUGACCCCUUGCCUGGUUUCCAUGAUGGACCCCCGGUGCAUGGCUACCCUUUCAGAGAGGCUCUGGGGUCACCCCUCUACAUCACCCACUGGCCUGAAUUACCCACACCCGUCGGGCAGGGAGUGUUGUCAUUUCCCACCUGGAAAACAUCACCUCCUCCACACCACUUGCACAACAGGACCCUGUAGCUUCUACACCUGAUGGAUGUUCCCACUGUAGCCUACAGCUGAAUUUCUCCACAGUAUCCUUAAAGCGCUGUUUGACAUGAUAGUGUGUACAGCCCAUUAAUGUACUCUGUUAUCUGAAUCUCCUAUAGGCAUGCACUGUAUAACUAAUACUGUAUAUGUAACUGACCCAACAAAUUAUGUAAAUAUAGAUGUAUCCUUUACACCAGAUCAUUUAUCUACAUUUAGCAUGUAUAUUUUAAGGCUCUGUUUUUGAAAUUUGUCCAUAUUUAGGUGUACAGUGUUUUGUUUUUGUUUUGUUUUUUUAUCAGUUUAAGCCUACUUGUGUGCAUAACCUGCCAGUGGUAACAACAUGAACUAUGAACAUUUAUAAACUUAUCUUUAUGUAAUUACACUCUUUAUUAUGAUCACACAUUACUGUACAGUCAUUCACUGUAUAUAAGUGUAUAUAAGACAAUCAUAUUGACAUGUCACUCAGCUCCUAAUUUCAAAUUAAUUAAAAUAAUUGCAAUGAAUAUGUAAAUAGUAUUGUAAUACAGAAUCAUUUCAUAUGUAAACAAGCCAAUGAGAGAUUCAGCAUGUAGCCACAGUCACAACCAUCAAUGUAAAAUCUCAAUUUUGUCCUGGCUCAUUAAUGCUUCAUGUAUUCUGGACUGAGACAUGGCUGGAAAUGUAGCAUCCUUAUAAUGCCCCAAGGAAACAUGGACAAAUCCUGAAAGAGUUUUCAAGAGUGCCUUGAACAGUAGGUUUGGACGCUCUAUGUGAACAGCAAUACCAUUUCACUGAGAAAACCUUAUUUUCAGAAAUGUUUGAGAAAUGUAUUUGUAAUAGGAGUCUGGAAACACAAAGGACAAUCUUGCUGUUUUCUUGUGUACUCAACUGAGUACACAAGACAUUAUGUGAGUAGUUGGUCAAGAUCAUUUUAAAGGAUCUAUAUUUACAUUGUAAAUAACAAAUUGUUUUGGACCCAUGACUGUUUUUGACAGCGCAGUUAAUGUUAAAUUUGUCAAUCUGGCAUCGUCAGCCGGAUAGUUAGUAGCUGUGACAGAGGAAUCCAAACAAUCCAGUGUACAUGUAAAUUCAUAUGCCUGUGUUUCUCAAUCCUAGUUCUGGGCUUUGCUGUCUAGCCUGCUACUGCACAGCCAUCUCAUGAACGGCUCGUUAAUUAUCUUAUGAUUCAGGUGCAGAGAAGCAGAAAUGCACGCACAGCAGGUAUAGGAGGAAUCGAGAAACUGGACUGGCAAGCAGGGCUAGAACGCUAUAUGUGUACUGAGGUGGAAGCACACAGACAUAGUGAAUAGUGCUCUGGGCAAAAGAGAGCGGCCCUCUCUACCUACACACAGUUUGCAUUACAACUUAAGUCUGCUACAGCAUAUGUAACAUUUCAUAAAAUAUAAUGUGUUUGUGUGUGUUUUCUAGUUACAAAAGACUUUACAGUCAUCCAUGUAUUUGAAAAUGCUUUGUAUCCACCUUCUACCCACCCCAGUGAGAUCAGGGUUAUGUAAGACUGCCUUACUCCACAGACAUAGGUUGAAAACAUUAUUAUUCAAUAACAUGACAAAUAAGGAUUCUUCUUAGAAGUUAAAAAGGUGUAUAAUUGUGCAAUGUACAGUUGCAGGGCUAUUUUAAUUAACUUUAAGGUAGAAGAGUGCUUUUGGUAAGCUUUUCUGCUGUUGUAACCUAGCUAUGCAGAUGCUCCCACAUGCAUUUCCUGCCCUUAGAUUCUUUGCUCUUAUACGCUUGUACUAAAAUACCUAUGCUUAUCCUGCAGGCUGCUCUUCAUGUAUUUGCAGACUAAGAUGAAGUCUGGAUACUGUAAUCCCAUAAGCACAGACAUUAAAUCUUUAUUGCUUA